UACAAAUACAAGGAGGUUGGCAGAAGUGUCUCCAACGGAUGUAAUCACGCUGAGAAGCAGGACUGUCAAAACAACUCGCAAGUUUCCGAAGGCUAUGAAAUAAAACGGAUUUCUUUGAAGCUCAGUUACCAGUCGUUCACCACAUGAGUGGUAAUGAAUCGCUGGAGGCAGUCAGUGGUGGAGAUCCAAACCAGAAAGAGGCAGGUGAAUGAAUGCGAGCGGGCACAGGCCGCCCUGAGCAAAGUGACAGCCUGCUUCCAGCAAAUGGCCACCUCCUUGGGGAGCAACAUGGAUGGGAGCUUCCUUAGAGAGGAGCUGGAGGAAACCAGGGCAGUAGCUCAUAAAAUAUGCUCAGGGCUUCACCGGAGGCUGCUAAGUCUGCUGAUAGAAAUGGAGCAAGGACAAGAGGACAAAGAACAGGUUGAACGACUUUGGGUGAUCUUCUUGUCCAGCUUGGAAAACUUCCAGCAGGACCUAAAGAAGGUUAGAGUCUUGCGAGAAAUAUUCCCUCUGACCCAGCGCAAAGAUCGACGAGCCCUCAUCAACGCAGGUUAUGCAGGUGGAACGUCAGAAGUAGCAGCUCGGGCAGCCAUGGUGCAAACACCAUGGUUAUCAUUAGAGGAGACUGCAAGCCCAGACCUAAAGAACCACAUAGUGGAGGUUGAUGUUCUGCUUGAAGAAAUGCUUCAAAGAGUUAAUGUUCCACUGUGGUCUGUUGAACCCACACAAGAAGCCUGGGUAGAAGGCGUUUCAACCCAAGAUGGUGGGCAAGAAGAGGACGAAAGCUUGGAGGACAUCAUGGAAGUGGAGGUGGUGUCUCAAAAUAAUACAUCAGGCUGUUGCAAUCACCACAACUGCAAAGUAGGCUGUCUACUAUGUCUGCUUAGCUAGUUUCUGGAACUGGCUUAAACAGAAGUUUUGAAAUUGAGACAUGCAUUCUGCAAUAACUUUUUUCAAUACACAUAAGUUGCAGUUGUUGACCAUUAUACUCUGUAAACCUUUAAAUUCAAUACAGAAGAUUUUAUGAUCAUAUAUGAUCAGUUGUGCGCUACAAAGUCUUUAAAUUCUAUAUCUCAAAAAUGCUAAUAAUAAAAAUUUUGUAAUGUUCUGGUUGUACUUCCCCUCCGU